AUGUCAUUCCGCAGUGCCGCUCACAGGUCGCAGUCUGCGAUGACGGCGUACGCGCCCAUCUCCCGCAAGGUCUUCGGCUCGCCGUUGAUGGACGACAAGUACAAGAUUGCAUUCCUGCGCAGCCUCGUCCUUUCCCGCCUCACCUUCAACCUUCACGUCUGCACCCUGCCCAUCAAGGCGAUUCGACGCCUGUCCGGGGUCUACAUGCGAGUGCUUCGACGUAUUGCAGGAGACCCUCGUUUCUCUAAGGUGGUGGCGCUGUCUGACCGGGAGGUCAGGGAGAAGCUUGAGCAGCCUUCGCUCGAUUGCAUCUUGAUGGUUGCACGCUUGCGGUACUUCGGCAGGCUGAUCCGGAACCAGUCGGCGCACCUCCUCGCCUUGCUGCAGGCCGGCGCUGGGGAGCCAGAGUUGCCGUGGCUAGCGACAAUCCGGGCUGACGUGGAGAGGGUGCGCUCGCUUGGCCUGGUGCCUGGUGCGCCUUCCUUGCGGCCUGGUGCGCAGGCCUGGCUUGGCCUGUUGAGGGACGCCGCCAAGUGGGCCCAGAUCCUCGACAAGGUUUGCUUUCACGAGUCCUGCCUGGACAGGGCCGCUUCGCCAGAGCACUCGAAGCCAGGUGCCGGGCGCGGAUUGGGCCACCAGUGCCCAGUCUGCCCACCGCGCUUUCCUUCCGAGCGCGCAUUGGCCAGCCACUGUCGGGCCAAACAUGGGCAUCGUUUGGCCGUCAAGCAACACAUCGACGGCUCUGGCGCGUGUCCUGCGUGCGGCACCAAUUUCCACACGCGAUUGCGGUGCAUCGCGCACUUGUCAGAUAAGCGGCGCCCAACGUGCACGGCCUGGGUGUUUGCCAAUGUCCCUCCUCUGCCUCCCUCCGUAGUGGCCCAGCUCAAUGAGCAAGAUCGGGCGGCCAAGCGCGAGGCUUGGGCCCAGGGGCGAACGCACCCGGUAGCACGAGGGGCCGCGACCACUCGCGACGGUAAGCGCAUCGGACACUGCCGGUAG